AUGUCGCAAUUUAUCCAGGACCUGUGGGAGUCCAUCUUCAUCCCCGGGCCCACGCCAUCCCUCCUGAUUGCGACCAACGUCACCUUCGCCUGCCUGCAGCUCGUCCUCUUCGCGCUGCUCCUCGCGACCUACAGCAUCCACUUCGUCAUCCUCUCCUUCCUGAGCGGCGGCCUGUGGUACGCCAUCAACUGGUUCGCGCGGGAGCUGCAGGCAAACCAUGACAAGGAGGUAGCAGAGAAGGCAAGGGCGGCCCGCAGAACGGCGGCCAGGGCGUCGUCCUCCGAGAGCGAGACGGAGGUGGAGACGGUCCUGACGAGGAGCAAGACCAGGGCCCAGCAGGCGACCGCGGCGAGCAAGGACGCCGAGGUGCAGCAGCCGAGCGCGGGCGAGGUCAAGGAGCGCGCGUCGCAGCAGUCGCAGGGCAGCAAGUCGAGCGCCAGCACCGAGGACGAGUGGGAGAAGGUCUCGGAGUACGAGAGCGAUAAGACCAAGGCGAACUGCGGUGCCCAGCAGCGACUCUACUUCAAAUCGCCGAGGUGCCCGUUCCUCUCGCCCGUCGCCAAGAUGAAGCUCGUCAGAUUUUUGAUGAAAUGCGCCAACGAGACGGUGACAAUUGAGCUCAAGAAUGGAACCAUCGUCCACGGCACAAUCACAUCCGUCUCGCCGCAGAUGAACACGGCGCUGCGCAACGUCAAGAUGACGCCCAAGGGCCAGGAGCCGGUCCAGCUCGACGCCAUGAACAUCAGGGGCUCCACGGUCCGGUACUACAUCCUGCCCGACUCCCUGCCGCUCGACACGCUGCUCAUCGACGACGCGCCCAAGCCCAAGAACAAGGCGCGCAAGGAGGCCGACCGCGGAGCAAGCGGCGGCGGCAUGCGUGGCGGCCGCGGUGGCAGGGGCGGCGGGCGCGGGAGGGGUGGUGGCCGUGGUCGCGGCUUUGGACGGGGGAGGUAA